AUGCUGCCGCUCGGUCUGAUGCUGCUGCUGUUGACGGCGGCUGCCGCCGACCUGUCCGUGACGGGCUCUCCGCCGCUCCGGGGGCCGGGGCUCGGCUUCUCUCCGCCGGUGUCCGCCUCUGCCUCCGCCCCACCGCUCCUCCUCCACCCGCAGCCCCGAGCAGAAUACGGGGCGCCCGGUGUCGCCUUGGCCCGGUCCGCGGUGGAGGAGCCGGCCGGCCCCGCGGAGGAGGAAGAGGGGGGGCAGCACCAUCAUCAAGGCGGCGGGUACCGGGUGGUCCAGUGGGAGUGGAGCUACGUCCAGACCCCGUACAUCAUCGCUAUCUGGCUGCUGGUGGCCAGCGUGGCCAAGAUCUUGUUCCACUUCUCCCAGCGCUUCACCACCGUGGUCCCAGAGAGCUGCAUGCUGAUCCUGCUGGGUCUGGUCCUGGGCGGGGUCGUCCUCAUAGCCAAUAAGAAGCAGCUGUAUCAGCUGGAGCCCGCCCUCUUCUUCCUCUUCCUGCUGCCGACCAUCGUGGGCGACGCCGGCUACUUCAUGCCGGCCCGCCUCUUCUUCGACAACCUGGGAGCCAUCCUGACGUAUGCUGUGGUGGGAACACUGUGGAACGCCUUCUGCACCGGCUUCUGUUUGUACGCCGCCAAACUGCUGGGGGUCAUAGAUGAGCGUGUGCAGGCCGACCUGAUGGACUUCCUGUUGUUCGGAGCGCUGAUCUCGGCCGUCGACCCGGUGGCGGUGCUCGCUGUGUUUGAGGAAGUUCACGUCAACGACAUGCUCUUCAUCAUCGUGUUCGGGGAGUCGCUGCUCAACGAUGCCGUCACCGUGGUCUUGUAUAAAGUCUACAUCUCCUUUGUGGAGGUGGGGCCAGCCAACGUUCAGACGGCUGAUUACUUCAAAGGAGUCGCCUCCUUCCUCAUCGUCAGUAUCGGGGGGACUCUGGUGGGUCUGGUCUUCGCAGUCAUCCUCGGCUUCAUCACUCGCUUCACCAAGAAGGUUCGAAUCAUCGAGCCGCUCUUCGUCUUCCUGCUGGUCUACCUGGCGUACCUGACCGCUGAGCUCUUCUCCCUGUCUGCCAUCCUGUCGAUGACCUUCUGUGGCAUCGGAGCCAAUAAAUACGUGGAGGCCAACAUUUCCCAGAAGUCUCGGACCACGGUGAAGUACACGAUGAAGACUCUGGCCAGCAUCGCCGAGACCAUCAUCUUCAUCUUCCUCGGGAUCUCAGCCGUGGACAAGUCCAAGUGGGCCUGGGACACCGGCCUGGUGUCCUGCACCCUCAUCUUCAUCUUCGUCUUCAGAGCCGUCGGUGUGAUUGGUCAGACCUGGGUCCUGAACCGCUUCCGGCUGGUUCCUCUGGACAAGAUCGACCAGGUGGUGAUGUCAUACGGCGGCCUGCGGGGAGCGGUGGCGUUCGCUUUGGUGGUGCUGCUGGAUGGCAAGCAUGUCAAAGCCAAAGAUUACUUUGUCGCCACGACGAUCGUGGUCGUCUUCUUCACAGUCAUGUUCCAGGGUCUGACCAUCAAACCUCUGGUCAAGUGGCUCAAAGUUCCUCGUUCCACCAGCAGGAAGCCGACCAUCAACGAGGAGAUACAUGAGAGGGCCUUUGACCACAUCCUGACAGCAGUGGAGGACAUUGCAGGGCUGCAGGGAUACCACCACUGGAGAGACAAGUGGGAGCAGUUUGAUAAGAACUACCUGAGCAAGCUGCUGCUCAGGAAGUCUGUGUACAGGAAGAGCGAGCUCUGGGAGGCCUAUCAGAAGAUCAACAUCAGAGACGCCAUCAGUGUCAUCGACCAGGGUGGGAACGUCCUGACCUCAGCCAGACUGUCUCUGCCCUCCAUGGCCAGCAGAGCCUCUUUCCCUGAGGUCACCAACGUCACCAACUACCUGCGUGAGAAUGGCAGCGGUGUGUGUCUGGACCUCCAAGUAAUCGAUAACGUCCCCGGAGCGAAAGUGGAGGAGGACACCGAGACACACCACGUCCUCGCAGAGAACCUGUACAAACCCAGGAGACGGUAUCAGUCCCACUACAGCCGACACUUCAUGCCUCUGGGGGAGAAGGAGCGUCAGGACCGGGAGGUGUUUCAGAGGAACAUGAGGAGCCGCAUGGAGACGUUCAAGUCCACCAGAUAUAAACGACACAAGAAGGAGCGCAGCCUCAAGAAGCGGCGAGGAUCCGACGCCAAGGAGGACGGUAGCGACAAACCCAGACGCAACGUCAGCUGGCAGGACAAAGAUCCAGCUGUGAUUCCGGUGGAGGAUAAAGCCGAACACUCAGACGCAGAGAAGGAGGACGACGUCGGGAUCACCUUUGUAGCUCGUAAGGCUGAGACGCCUAAACAACGACCAAAGUCAGUCCCAGCAGCUCUGGACGGGUGUCAGAGCCCGACCGCCGCCCCCCCCUCGCCCACCAGCGGAGACAGCCACCUACCGUGGAAGGGCAGCGUGGGCUCGCCCCCCCCUUGUGUGUCUGUGGAGGCCACAAAGAUCAUCCCUGUGGACCUGCAGCAGGCCUGGAACCAGAGUAUCUCCUCCCUCGAGAGCAUUUCAUCCCCUCCCGCCCCCGCUGAGCCCGUCCACCCCCGGGUCAGCGCCCUCUCCAGACUGGGAGGCCCCCGCCCGGCCUCCUACACCCCGCCGGGCAGUGUUGGGGGCAGCACCUCCUCCAUCGGAGCCCAGGUGUCGCAGGGCUCCUUUUGCUUUCCAGAGAAGAAGAAGACGGAGGAGGAAGAAGAGGAGGAGGACGAGGGGGGGGCGCUGCAGGAGAUGCAGCCACUCAUGUCAUCUCUGAGGCCCCCCAGCUCCCUGUCGUCCCCGCCUCCUCCACCGGGCUCCGCCCCUGGCUCAGGGAGGAGGAGGAACCCCUGUGUCUACUUGAGGAGCCUGGUGACAGCGCCCCCCCCUAGCAGCAGUGAGCCGUACAGCCGAGGCCCCACCCAGCUGUAA